AUGUCACGUGACGUUUUGCCCAGACCCAAGGCCCUGUUUGCAAAAAAAUUCCGCGAAGUACUGGAUUAUCACAACAAAAUGGCAGCCGAGAACGACGAUGAAUCGGGUGAAGACAGCACAUUAAGAAAGCUCUCAGAUUUGAGCAAGUACUCUUAUGCAAGUGUUUGUAGUAUUAUACUGUCAAACUUGUUUGAGACAUCAGCUGAUAGGUAGGUCCGUAGAUGCAGUGUUGACUGUAAACUUAAUUUUAAAUUGAAGAAGCUGCUGAUCUUUUUAAUUUGGCUGUUUGUUUACUAUGUUAGAUGUUAAACCACAAAUUAUUAUUUUUUAAUUUUUGUCUAGUUUUAGGGAAAAGUAUAUCAUGUUUGUUACUGGAAAAAACACGUUUUUUCGGUCCCUACAUAAUCCCCGGCUUAAGAUUUAAAGUGGCUUAUAAAAUGCUCCUAUCUUAGUUUGCAACGACGUGACAUCGAUAAGGCGGCCAUGUUAGGGGUCAAUGCAAUAAAAUUUUUCUUGAAGAAUUUACAUGAAAAUGGCCAACACGGCUACCAUGAUGUGACGUACAAACCAGCAAUUGAGCGACAGACCUAUCAUGUAAAUAAUAAACAAUUAACAACUGUUCUUUAAAAUCGAGGUAAAUAUUCUUAUUCACCGAGAUUGGUAAGAAUAAUUGUUUUAGUAUAUACUCAUAAAGUGAUCUCAACAGAAUGAAAAAGGAAAUCAUUAACAAAUGACUUUACAACUUGACUGUGUGUGUCAAGCAAAUGUGUGAAAAAUGCAUACUAUGAAAAAAUGGGAUUAAUCAUUAACUCAUUUCAUACAUUCACAGUGCCAAGAGCCAACUCUAAAACUUUGUAGCAAAAAUCUGAGUUCACAAUGGCAAUUUUGUUUUGCCUUGCAUUCACUGUCUAUUGCAGUGAAUAAAACGUCAUAGUUCGAAAUAGCAAACCAAUCAGAUUGCUCAGAAUACCAAGAUCACUGAGUUUGCAUGUACUAAUACAAAAUACUGGGUAAAAUGUCUGAGAAACGACCUUCAGAUAAAUAAUAUAAGUUAUGUUAUCAUUCAUUCAAAUUAUUUUAUUUCUCCAUAAUUUUUUCUAAUGAAUUCAAAUCCCCCAGUUUAUUCAACAUAUAACCAGCCGGUGUUUAUCGUAUUAAUAUUUGAGUGUAUGCAUGGAGACAGGGGCUCAGUAGCCUAGCUGUUUUGGCAUGAGUGAUCUCGACAAAAAGAUGGAAAUGUUUAUGGCCAUCUUAAGAUAAUAGCCAAAUAAUCUUUUAUUUACUAAAACUCAACAAAGAAACCACAAGAACAUUAAAAUAAUAUUGCUGGAUGAAUGACAUCUAUUUUAUUAAGAGUGUCUACAAGGAAAAAAAACAUCUGUUCUUGUGAAAAUAAAACGGUACCAAGAAACAGGCAAAUGUUUUGAAUAAAGUCUUGGAGUAGGUAAGGGUGUUAGGAACUUAGAAAUAAAAUUUUGAAAGAAUAAUAUAGCAAUUAUUGAAUUGGGCUUUUAUAUUGAAGUGUUAUGCACCUCUUGGAGACUGUUAUCCACCUUGUUAUAAAUAAUUCUUUAUACCAUGUUCAGCCUCAUUUAGUUAUUAUUUUGAAUUAGUUUCUAAUGAGCUAAAUUUAAAUAAAUUUGAAAUUGCAGCUGUUAAGUUCAGAGCUCCUCUCCUCAACUUCAUCUUCUUGUGAUGUUACAGCUGUUUCAGAUAACACGCGACCUACAUAAUUGACAAAAACAUUUCAGAAUUUUAGGUUUGUCUUCAAUGUCAAUAAUUAAACCAUUACUAUACUAUUCAAUCCUUGCUUGUCAAUUAAAGGAGGUAAUAUUGAGCAGAAACUGCAAAUGAAAUGUUGAUGGGAAUGUACUGAUUUGUUUUCACUUCCCUGAACUGUGUUUCUUCAGGAUUUGGAGGCUGUAUAGGAGCGAUUUCACCUUUGGAGAUUCUAAACUUCUUAAGUUAUUAUGUUUCAGUAAGAAGGUAAAAAAACUUGAGAGCUAAAAUGUGAAAACACUCGAACUCUGAGUUUCAAAAGCAAUGAAUCUUGAAACACAGAAACACACAAAACGGAUCAAAAUCCACCAAUCACAAAUCACAAACCAUCGCCUUUUUCAGCUGUGGCCUCACUAAAGCCUUUGAUCAUUCCACAUGUCUGGGAACUUGCCUGUGUCAAGAGACAGGUUUAAUAACCAUGCUAGAAACAGCUGGUAAUAACUCGUCAAUACAUUCCCUGACAAUAUCAGUGGGGAUAGGAUUGCUGUUACAAGAGUUAGCAGGGUGCAACAAAAAUCAUUUUUACAUACAGCUUGCCAUUCGGGCUGGCUGAAGCUAGCAUUUACUUGCCCAGAUGUCAUUUCAUCUAGCCCCAAAAGCUUUUUGAUGAGCAGAAUUGUGGAUGGCUAUUUCCACUGGAUCAUGUCAAUGAAGUUGGUAAGAUACCCCCUUUUGGCUUGCUCCAUAUAGAUGGUUAAUGCAAGAGUCUGUAAAGUUUAGUCUGUCAGAUUCAAGCUUAGUUUUCUCUUAAUCUGUUCAUGUUUCUGGCAUAACUGUUUUGCUGCCUUGAUCUUGUUGUUAAACCAUUGGACGCGUGGGCCCACUUUCAUGGUCUUCUUCAUAACAAGAACAUGAAUGAAGAUGAUAUAUGGUUGUCAUGGUGGAGUAGCAUUGCUUUAAAUCUCUAUCACAGGUCUUAUUCUCUAUGAAAUCCUCAACAAGAAUUUUUUCACUUCUGCUUUUCUUUUUGUAUUAUUUGUGAAUUAAUACUACUAUUAUGAUUAUCUUUAUUUACUUCAACAAAUCCCUAUUAUUGAAUGAGUGGCCACUAAUUCAUGAAGACAUGCAUCAGUUAGUAGCUCACGUGACUCGAGCUAGUCUUCCAGCUCAGCCUCAUUGAGGUGCAUCCAAGCCUUUUUCUCAGAUUUUGUCUUCCCAUCUCUGUCUCUUCCUGCCUCACAAUUUUGUCCUUGGUAUUUAUUCCUUCCAAUACAAACUUUUCCAAAGAAUCAAGCCUCUUUAUGUGACCAAAGUACCAUAAUAUAUGAUGUUCACAUCUGGACCAUCAUUGUGGGCAUUCACGCUCCUUAUGGAGGCAUCCACCCCCCUCUAAGCCCCCUGCACAUGCAUAACUGCUCUGUAAUAUUUAACAUUAGAGAUUGAAUGCUGUGAUUUACUGUCUUUGUAUCGCACUGGUACAAUAUAUUGCAGGCUUGUAAGAUUCACAUGAGAAUUCAAGACUAUAGUUUUGCUGUGUUCUCAUGCUGAUAUGAGUUGCCUUCUGAUCUCUUGAGUACACUUCCCAUCCUGAGAUAUCUAGGAGCCCUAUUAAAGUACAAUGUAUUAUUCAAAAUUUUUGUCAUCCUGCAAAUUUUCACCAUUGACUUGAAUAUUUAAUUAAAAUUCAUUUUGUCAGUCUUCAUAACUUCAGCUUUCUUUCCUCUAUCAUUAGGCCCAAGUUAACUAAGUGCCUUGUUAUUGAUUCAAAUGACUGACACUCUGGGUUAAGUUUUGUUCUGAUAAUUCAGGGUUCAUCUUUGUUAACUUUCUUUUUUGCUACAAAGUUCAGCUCCGACCUUGACAAACAGGAACGCUCUUACAGUGGCAUUCAGUCUCGCUUGCUUGGAGAUUAGAUCAAGAAAUGAGAAGGCGAUUAAUUCUACAUGAAACAGCAUUUACUCGCUGAAGGUUUUUUACUUCCUACUAUGUCGACGUUGAUACUUUUUAUUUGUUUCUGAAUUAAUUCAGUAUGCAUGUUAGCAACAACCGCAAAUAUGUCUGCAGUCACAGGCUAUAUGCGUGUAUAAAUACAUGAAAAUUCAAGGGCCUCGAUUCCAGAGAAAUUACAUCAUUGCCAGAGAUCAAAAAAGUGAUUUACAUGGCACGUCAUUUCAGUCAUUGCCCAAAAUAAACUGCAUGUUCAUCAGAAGAGCCAUUUGCAUACAAUGAAAGUUUACAACACCUGACCAUUGCAGUUUUGCUAAGUAAGAUUCUUAUUUUUUUUGACCACUCAGUAGUGUUAAUAACUUAAUUGUUUCAAAGUAAUCAAUGCUUUCAAGCUAUAGAAUUCUUGGACCGACAUGUUUCGGAAAAAGCUCCAAGUUUAAUCUUUCCUAAGCUAAUGUGUGGCUUCGAUCACGCAACAAUUCUUAGUCCCAGUUUCCACUGUCUCCACAAGGAAUGCUAGUGGCACAAUGACCCCAUUUGUGUACAUUAAAUACCACAAAAAUCAAGUCGCAGAUUAUGAGUCUUGCUGCUUAUGCAAGUGAGACUGAUAACCAUGUGGAAAGAGUUGUAAACCAUCAUUUUGCAAGCUGUUCUUUUGUGCUUGAUUUUAGGAAAUGGAGUGAACAAGUUAUUAAAGCAGUUGUAAAGCACCUUGAUCUGCCACAACAAGGUACUGGUAGUACUUAUACAGAUCUCAGCUUAUAAUGUUUCCCUAAAUACUAUACACAUGUAUGAGUCCCUCUAAGGUAGAAGGGGGGGGGAGGGGUUGGGUAUGUAUUUUGCUAGUCUGAAUUUCAAAUACGGUCAUUUCAGGUUUUGAGGUGGAGUAGACCAUUUCCCUGUUGGUAUUCACUCCAUCUUAUGUCAUUUGUUGUCAUUUUAUGCGGUCUUAUGUGGCUAUUUCAAAGUCAUGUCACUUGUCGAAAUUUUACCCAAACAGGCGAGGACCUCACAUAUUGCCUUUUGUUAGAAUAAUCCUGAUUCUAACCAUCUUAAUAUACAAAUCAACAUAUACACCAUCCUAACUUCAGUGGAACCUUGUAAUCCUAUUUUUAGUAGCUUUUAAGUUUAAAAGUUAGGUCUUGUAUUAAAUAUAGACAGCAGUUUUUGGCAAACAGUUGAAGACUUGUUGUUAAUUUUUGUCCAUUAGUUCUCUCAACACUCCUACAUUUGGUUCAAACUGAAAAUUGUGAGGAUGAAGCAGAGAAAAUUGAUAUGCAGAUGGCACCUCUUAUAGCUGCUCUCAAGACUGAAUCACAGUUGCAAGACACACUUGUACUACUUCCGAAGGUACUUGUAACACAUUUACAUUCAGGUUUCUCUUAUUUCCACCCAUCCUCCUCCCUUUCCUUUGGAAAGAAAGAGAGGAUUAACAAGGAAUGGAAAAACUACUGACAGGUUUUUUUUGCUGUACUGGUUCCAUAUUGGAAGAAAUGUGAGGUACAUGCAAUGUAUUAUUAUUAUAUAAUUAAGGGAUUAUAUAAUUUUAAAGAAUUGGCUGUAAACAUAGCUGCUAAAACGUGAUGUGGUGCCCAUAUAUAUACGGUAAAUUUAAAAACCUCAAGAAGUCACUAAUUGGAAAUGUUUUGUGAACCUGACUAUUCUCUAUAAAUUAAGCUAAUUCUGACAUACACAUAAGCUACUUUGCACAUGCAGUUGUAAAUAAAUUUCCAGGCCUGGUUCCUGAUCUGAAAGCUUGAUUUGCGCUAAUCCAGGAUUAAAAUUUUGUUUGGUUUUUGUUUCUUACCUUCCUAUGUAUUGCUUAGAGUAAUAUUUUGUAUUAUCAUUACCCUUACCACAGUAAAGGCUCAACAGUAUGUUAUAAGCUUGAGUUGAGUGUUCUUUUCAAAUACAAUCCUUAAAAUACAAGAAAAUACUUAAUCCUGGGUUAAAGUUAACUAUCUCUAUUGGUAAGUGGCUUUGUAAGUAGUUUAAAUUAUACAAAAGAGCUACAGUGAAAGAUCUUUAGGCUGACACCAUAACCCCAUUGUUAUUUGUAGUAUUAUAUAUAUGGAAACAUGGCCGCCAUGAGAAUUAUAUGCACUUUACAACAAAGGUACCAAAUAUAACAAAUAUAAUAACAUAAGAACUACUUAACAUAAGAACUUUAUAAGUGCAAAUGUAUUUAGCUGUACUAAAUAGAAGACAGCUAACUGGGGACACAAAUCUAAAAAUACAUAAAAAUAAUAAUAGUAAUAAUAAUAAUCUAUGAUAAUAAUAAAUAAUAAUAAUAAUAAUAAUAAUGAUAAUAAUAAUAGUAAUAAUUGGGCACACUAAUCUAAAAUACAUAAUAAUUCAUAAUAAUACACAUUAAAAUCUUAAAAAUCUUGAAAUCACAAAAUCAGGAUCUGCAAAGGUCACAACAGUCACGGUUAUUUACUAAAAUACCAGAAAAAUGAUAGUAUUCUUGAAAGACUGAAGACUAGGUGAUUGCUUGAUCUUGUUGUUUAGAUUGUUCCAUAGUUCCUGUCCAAAGUAAUGAAUUGAAUGUUUCCUCUAGGUUAUAAUCAAUGUAAUUAUUAUAAAAAUUGAUCUUAUAGUUGAUCAUUUAAUGCAGUUAUUUUGUAAAUGAUUAAUUAACUCAAAACAUUAAACGUGCUUAAAACAAGUUUUUACGUGUAUCUUUUAGUAACAUGAUUAUAGAGCUACAAGAAGAUCAUUCCUUAGAGUUUUGCGAACGCUUGCUAAUUUCCAAUACAUUCUUACUAGGAUUUGCUGAGUCUUAUUCAGGAAUUAGGUAAGCUGUGCAUCAUUAGAAUUUGUUAAUAAAUUAAAUAAAUUCUGUAUAAACUCACCAAGUCUGAUUUUGGACUUGUGCCUUCAAUUUUAUUGUUUUAGGUAAAACAACCUCUUAAUCCUGAAACAUUUAAAGGAAUAGUCAAGUUUUAUGAUUAAAGUGGCAUAGAUCUCAAAGUUACAGUAUAGUUUAGAAACUCUCAUCCGCCCCCGGUUGUUCAAAAGUUGGAUAGCACUAUCCAGCAGAUAGUCCAACUGAUUUCCGUAAUACUUAUCCGCUGGAUAGUGAUUUAUGCGGUAGAUAGCGUUAUCCAACGUUUGAACAACAGGGGCCUGGCUUAUAACCCAUUCAAUUACUAACAACUCUCUCUACAUUCAUGGUAACUUGUUCAGUGUGCCAUGCAUCUUAGAGAAGUGUGUGCGUUAUAAAGAGUAAAAGAUUGACCAAAGAAAUAUAGAGGUAGACAUGCAGUACAGCAAUUGUAGGUGUUCAAUUUAGGAAGGUGUCUUUCUUUAAAAUGUAUCCUUUAUUAUAACAGGAGAGCUAUAAGUAUCUGUGCUUCUUGCUGCAAAGGUUUUUGAUUUCAUGGAAAGUAAGGUCAAAUAAAAUCCAGUAUUAUGCUGUCCACGCAAAGAGUUCUUAGAAAUUAGGGAAGGUAGGGUGGGGGUUGAAUGUUAUAAUAUGGACUCUACUCCCUGAUCAGACUUUUCUUUAUGUACAGAGUGAAAUAUCAGCUCUUAUAAUCAUGAUUUUAUUUCACUGCAGGUGGUUAUGAUGCCAGGUUAAGAGUUUUGAUAUUUCAUUUGGGGGAUCAGCUACUGGUACAGCGUUCAGUGCUGAAAAAUCAUGAAAAUGACCUUGUUGAAAGGUUAAAACAACUGAAAAAUUGUGAACCAAGGUAGGGAAAACAUGUCUGAAUGCUCAAGAUAUAAUUUUACCGCAAAUAUAAGAAAAUUUCAUCAGGACAAAAGAUGCGGGUGUCCAUAGAGCACAGUUUCACUGUUUUACAUAAAGAAUACAAUGAUUUAAUGAACCUAUGUAAAAUAAAGUCCGUUGAUAUAACUCGAUAUAACAAAGUCCUCGUUAAAAUAUAGACUUCAAAACAGUCAAUUUUUUCCUCAAAAUCAGUAAAUAAUCGGUAAAGCGUGGCGUAAGAGUCUGUAAAGCAUAAAGACUCUUUUGUGAGUGAAGAUCAUGCCCGUAAGGGCUUGUGAGGCGAGAGAAGAAAAAACGUAUUUUUAGCGUCUCUCCCCACUCUCGCUCUCUGUUUUCAGCCCCAUUUCAGACCUUUUGUUUGACUGCUCGCGCGUACUUGAAUAAGCAAAAAUACAGACUGUUUUGCACUCUAGUUUGAAUGCAAUCUAGAAGCGCAAAUGUAUAGUAUGUACCUCGGUGAAAUUGUUUAGAUCUGGAAAUCCUAGGCAUGGAGAAUAAUAAUGUAAUAUACGGGGGGUGACAACUCUAACAAAGGCUGUUUGGGCAGUCCUAUGAAUAACUUUAUGUCCUCCCGGAAAUUUCGUCGACCCUCCCGAAUUUUUCGGUGGCAUUCCCCAUAAAUGUUUAACUUCCCAAAAUUGUUUUAACAAUUAAAAUUAACAUUUUGAUUAGAGAUUUUUUGCAGCUUCUUGUUAAUUAUGUAACUUGUUAAUUAUCUAACAUCAGUUAUUUUUUCGUUUAGAGGGUAUCAUGUUAACACAGAAAGAAGGUCAAACUUUUGAAGUAUAUAAAGGCGAGCAGUAAAGGGGCCAACCACUAGGGGGGUCUGGUGGCAUGCUCCCCCAGAAAAUUAUGAAAUCUUAGUGCUCUGAAACGCCAUUUCUAGCGUUCUGAGAGGACAAAUUCUGUCCAAAAUGUUCUCUAAAUCAAUAAUAUUGUCCUUUUUAUGCUUAUUUUUAUUGGCGUGAAUUCGCGUAGAAGUAGUCAAUUUUAUUUUAUGCAAGUUGUGCGGUUUUUGAAAUUGCUCUGGAUAUCACUUUCAACUAAGUAUACUAUGUGUGGUGUCAUUGUACGAAUUCAUUUGAAAAUUUCAGAACAACUGUCGAAAUCUGAAAUUUUCCUAUCCCGAACGCAUAUUGAUCGGGAUUCGGGAUUUUCGAGCAAAGUCGGAAGGACCCCGACGAGAUCAGGAUGAUUAAAGAAUCUUCACAGACAUACUACUUUUUAUGGCCUCAUUUGUGUUUAACAAGGUUAAAUGAGUUUCGUUUUUUUUCUGACAUACUUCUUACGUACUUCUUUCAAGUUUUCCAGUAUGCAAUCGGUGGAAUGUGCUCUUAAAACUCGUUAACAUGCAGCGUAAAAAUACCCCUGAACUAAUGAAUGAUGGGAUCUGGUGUGAACUGAUAGUAUGUGCUUUGCACCGGUACGGUUCUUGUGUCAAUCCGCUGGGGAUUGCACGUGGUCAAUCGCACUCGAACUUCGUGCUAUUUUAGUUGGAGUCAUUGCUGAAUGGUCUUUUCAUAUCAUGGGGAGUUCAGCCGUUUUCUAGUGUCAAAAUACAUAGAAUACAGCGAAUACACUGGCUGCAUAUCACUGUAUAUAUAUAUUGUUUGAUAACAUGUAAUAUGAAAUCUUUGCUCAAUGUCCCGAAAAUAUCUCAAAUUUCCCGAAAAAAUUCCCAGGUUUCCCGAUUCCCGGCAAAAUCUCCAGAUUCCCGGAAUAAAUUUGUUUUUCUCCCGAAACAGCCCUUGUUAGAGCUGUCACCCCCCGUUAAUAUACCUAACUGUGUCCCUUGGUUUGCAAUAGAAUGAUUGAACCCUUUUUAUAAUGAACAAAUUUCCCUAGUCCCUUGGCACUUUGUUAAAUCGAGGUUCCACUCUAUGUGUGGAUAAAGGUGAUUUUUUUGCUGGUUAUGAAGAAUAAGUACCUGGGUGAUUUAAGCUAAUCAGGAAUGGAGAAAUUUUUUGGAAUGAAUACAAUGUAACUGAUGUAACUCUUUUUAUUGUUCCUGAAAAGCCCCCUUAGGAAGGAGGCAAUACUGUAGGUACAUAUGAACAGUAUAAAAGAGUGUUGGCCAAACGUGUAUCAAAAGUGCCUCAUGGGGAAUAAUUAGGGGCAAUGUGAAUGCCAAUAUCAGGGAACUCGCAAUGCAUACAACAUAUUUUACAAAUGCAAAAGUAGAGAGGGAGUUUUCAUUUAUCCUGAUGUUUGUUUGUUACUGUCCCGUCACUGAUGUCAAGCAAGAGCAACCAGAAACAACUUUUAAGAUAAACAGUUACUUAAUUAAUGACCUAAUCCCCAAUUGCUGCAGGUCGGAGCUGAGGUUUCAUCAGUUAAGACUAUAAAAGUUCAGUGCCGGCUCCAGACUUUGAGGCAAUGUAAUUCAAAGUUCUUGUCCCUAAAACCAGACUCCCAUAAAUGCUUUCAUACCUUUCUUAGAUUCCAGACUAUCACUUGGUUAUCACUCUUCUUGAAAGAGAGCUACAUAACAAGCGUCAUAUUAAUAAUGUUAAUAGCAAAUCUUACACUGCACUAUUUGUACAUGUACAGCUGUAAUAUGUAGUUGUUAUGUCUCAGGAUGACUUUUUAUGUUGAAGUUUUGGUUUCACCAAGCCUUUCUCAUGAGAGUUGUUUUCUUUUUUAGUGAAGAUGCUGAGGUACAAAGGAAAAAGAAAGUUACAAGGCAAAGGAAAAAAGCUUUUAUGAUUGCACUGGGAGCAAUAGGUGGAGGAGCUUUAAUUGGUAUGUAUUGUACAUGUCCCUUAUAACGUGUAUAACCUGCGACCGCAGACGUAUUUCCGGUCGUCUCUAACACGCGUACUAAGAAGUACUAAAUCAAUUCAGAAACAAAUAAAAAGUAAAUAUCCUGAAGAAUACUCGACAUCGAUAAGGUAGGAAGUAAAAAUCCUUUAGCAAGGCAAUCCUGUUUCGUGUAGAAUUAAUCGCCUCCUCCAAGCAAGCCAGACUGACGGCCGCUGUAAGAGUGUUCUUGUUUUAAGACAGAAAUUCAGAUGUAUGGCCUUCAUAUAGCCAUGAAGUUUUUCACUAACAGCUAAGCUUCCGCGUCACUUUCUUAUCUUGUGUGAUGUCAAAAUGGUUGUAUAUUGCGUGCAUCCUCCAAAUUUGAUCAGCACUGGUUGGUUACGAAGAAUAAGCUUGGGAAUUAAAGCCAAUCACAAAUGGAGAAAUAUUUUGAAUAACACCAUCAUCAUCUAUGUUUUCAUAAUAUCAAAGAGCUUUACAUUGAGUAUGUUAACAGAUGUGCGUAAAGUCAAGGAGAGUCGCAGUAUGCUUGAGGUGUUCAGUGGUUGGAUUAGCUUUUUCACAACCUUUCCUUACAAAAGGAAAUUAAGGAAGAAUACAGUACAGUACAACUCUAGUUACAUAAUUCAAACGCGCGUUUUUUGAUUUUGUGGCCAGAGUGCAAACAAGCAAAAGUACAGACAGAAAAGAAUUUUACAUCCUAUUAAUCUAAGUUUGUGGCUUCUAAGGAGCAUUAUUUGUUUUGUGUAUUGAGUAAGCAAAAGUAACUUGAAUAUUUGGUUCACCAUCACCAUUAAUUCGCCACCAUCACCUACCAUCAUCAUCAUCAUCAUCAUCAUUGUUGUCGUCGUCGUCGUUGUCAUCAUUAGGGAGUUUAAGAUACCGCGACGGUGACGGCCACGAAAACGUUGCUUCAAAAGUGAAUUUGCGUUCUUUCGAUCUCUAUCGCGAUCACUCGAACUCAUUUACUUUGUCAAAUGCAAGCGAACUCUUUUUGAGCUGAAUUCCUAAGAAUCAUAUUCAAGUUCAGAAAGAGAAAGAAAAUUUAGUCGUCGCUUGUUUACGUCCUCCGUAAAACGUGAAAAUAGGCAUUUUCCCGUCGUAGUCGUGCAGUGGCGGGAACGAAAUGUGCAUAAAAGCGUGAUGCACGUGCAGAGUUGUUGUUUUGCCGUUUCAACGUAUUGAUUUUUUUAAAAUUGUCGUUGUCCUCGCUGUUGUGACAUCUUAAAGUCCCUAUUGUGAACUUCACCGUCACCACCGCCCUUAACAUUGUUAUCCUCAGAAUUGUGAUCAUUUAUUGUUGUUGUUGUUAUUCUUGUCUUUUCUCUAGGUGUUACUGGAGGACUGGCAGCACCGUUAGUAGCAGCAGGUGCCGGUGCUGUAAUUGGGGCCAGCAGUGCAGCUGUCCUGGGUACCACAGCAGGCGUGGCAGUUAUUGCUUCCUUAUUUGGAGCUGCUGGAGCUGGAUUAACUGGUAUGAUGUUUAUAGAUCCAGUGAUAUCCACUCAUCUCUUUUUUCCUCUGCUCUCCUUCUUCCUUCUCUUUCUUCUUUCAUUCCUUUCUUCCUUCUUUUCACUCUCCUUGCCUCUCGCCCAUCUGACGAUUUGACUUCCGCUUUAGCUUCUUUCCUUCAUUUCUUUCGUAUUGUUAACAGACUGAAUCAGAACCAAGGAUAACUCUCUCUCCUCAGUCGAAGGUCUUAUAAGUCACUGCCAUAUUUUUUCAUUUUUGUAGUGGGUACUAAACUGUCAAAAUUUGGUUGUUUAUGGUAAAUGGUAGCUUGUGGCAGGUUCCCAGGGACUGUCCUUUGGACAAGCACCUUUCACAUUUUACUAGACGAGGGCCAUUACUUGCUUCCAAGUUUUGGUCAAUGAUUAAGUCAUAUGAUGACUUGCCAGAAGUGAGCUUAAAAAGUUACUUGCCCGGCAAGAUAAUUUAUUUGUCACGGAGAACAACGUUAACCGAACGGGAAAAAGCUAAUAAAUAAAUAAGUAAAAAAAUAAUUAAAAAAAGUUAACUAAAAGUUUCCCAAGCACUGGGUAGCAAUUACAGCUGUAUAGUGCUUGCACGGAAAAAUUAUGAUUUCGUAUUUUCUCAGUGGACAGGUUGUUACCUAUAAAAGGUUUAGUUUUAUUCCUCGCCAAUAUGCUAAAAGAGGAGUUUGCGCGUGCGCAGCGGAAAUUAUUGGAAACCUAUCGAUGCGAGAAAAUUUGGCUUUGACGUCAGCGUACGGCAAAAUGACCUUACAGGCUUUAGUGGUUGGAGGAGAAGAUACUCAGUAAGGGAGGUGAAGGGAGGGUUCAGACAUGUACCUUCGGUCUGUCCUGUUGUAAAAUUAUCCAGUUUAUAGAGGCAACCAUUGGAGUUCCUUUUGUUAUCGACAAGUGAAGCUUUGUGUAAUUUUAUGUUUGUAGUAUUUCGUGCUCAUCUAUUGCGCUGCUACAAAAUAAACUACAACAGCUAUCAAGAUUCUUCUGUUAUUUACAGCUGGUUUGAUGGCUUGUUUAUUGUAUUUGGGUUGGGGAAAGCGUUGCAUUAAGUCAAUGGAAUGGCUCUGAAGCUUUUAAAUUCAUGGACGCAGUUUAUUUUAUCGUAGAUUUCUCUCAAAGUCGAUAUGCAAGAAACAAGAAGGCUACUGCAGUGAAAGACGUCAAGUGGCCAAACGAACAUUUCAAUCAUGUUUAUGCUCGUCAAAGCGAUAUGAAAUAUCUGUAUACUGACAAUCUCUUAUCGAUUAAAUAAGGGUGUUUUUCUCUUCGGCCCUUAAAAAGAUAAUAACUAGCUCAAUAAUAUAACUACAUCACCAAAUAAACCUGCGCCACAAAAAUUAAGCAAAUUGAAGUAGAAACUGUUGAAUACAAGCGAGCUCCAUGUCACACAGUCGACGAAUUUACUACCUUCACCUGUUCAGAGUAUCGCCCUACAUAACAUGUCAAAGCUGUAAACACAAGAUGUCAGUGCGGAAAAUAGAGCUCUAUUAGGCGACAAAUAGUCUGCACAGAACAAUGCACCCGUAAACUGAGUAGGUGUCGAAUUCUAGGGCUGUAAAGUUAUAUGUUUGUUCUUAUUUAUUUAGCUUUUUAAGGAGAACGAGACUCCGCUCAAAUAUUUCAACUUCACCUUUUUUUUUACUGUUCUCUAAUUUUAGGUGAUUGCAAAGACUGAGGUAUAAAAUACCUGAAAAUUGACUUUCGGAAUUCCAAUCCUGUGUUUUGCCUCUUUUCGCUCUAUUGAAGCUGAUGGGAGAAGCAAACAUUUGUUUCAAAAACAGGAUGUCUAAAAUGUAACAGCGUAAUAUACAUCAGGUUUUACCCAGCAACUGUUCAGUUAUAGGUUUUGGUCCUUAAUAGUAAACAAUGCAGGGGAAAUUGUGAGUUUAUUUCAGUUUCGUGUGAUGUUUCAACACCUCCCUAUAGUUUAUAUAACAUUGUAUGUGCUCUUCUGACUUAGCUAAUCCUAUCUCCUUUUAUAGAUUGUUUUCACUGUCACGCAACAAAAAAAUAAAUUGGAAACCGUCCGGUGGAAGAAGCCAAGGAAAUGAAAUGUUAUAAAAGACUGAAAUGUAAACGAUUUGUCCAAAUUUCAGGUCUUUGUAGCCCUCAGUUUCUGAUCAUGAGUUAUUUGCCGAAACGUUUCAUGCACCUUUGUAGAGCUUUGUAUGGAGACGCCAUAUUGGUGCACCGUUUUGGUCCACCAAUAUGGCCGCCGGAAAUCAACAAAAGCAUCUGGAGUUCACUUUUUCUAUAAAAGCUCUUUCUUUUCACUCGAGAACUAGCAUACGUGCGCAUAAACAUAUCUUCUGAUACUUGAAAUGGUUAUACUGCUGAAAAUCAAGGAGAGACUUUUUUUCAACGAGACAGCAUUCCUAUUUUGGUGUCACGCACUGUAAAAACUCAAAUUUCUGUAUUUUCGAAAUGAAAUAUGCUACGGGAAUGGAAACUUGUGCAAAGAUUUAUUUUUUAUUUAUCUUCAACCUUGUGUAAAUAAGAAUUCGUAAAACCUCGUUAUUUUGACUUUACAGUUUGAUGACGUCACCGUGAAAACUAUCUAUACGGCGGGACAGUAUGGGUGGCGGUAGUACUUGCCUUCACCUAAUAUAGUUUAUAUGGCACCAGUUCGCAUCCCAGAGUCGAUACCAUAUAAGUUCAUAUUUGGGCUUCCGCUUUUCCAUUUGGGUUUCAGCUAUGAGUGCACAUGGCUGAGUUCUUAGUAGGAGUUCCUAGGCGUUUAAUGUUUUGUCGUUAACUGGCCUUGAUUGGCCUGUGAUACACUAGGCAGGCGAGGUAAUGGACAAAACAAAGUGAGGCCUAGGCCAGGCUAAACGUCGAACUUUUCAUGAUACGAACCAAACUCUAAUUUAGGUCGACCUAAAUUAAGUUAUGGUCCUCUGUUAAAUCAGACGUGGAACUUAGGACACGCCGAACCAAUCAAUUGAAUCAGACCAAUAAGCAAUUUUAAUAACUUUUCUUCCAAAAAGGCUAAAUAUACAUUAUCAUACAAAUUUUUAAUUUAUUAGUUUAGUUUAUCGCAUGAGAUGAUUGAUUUUUGUCCCGGAGACGAUCUUUAGACGUUCUAUCCGUCUGAAGCAGACGCAUAGAACUUGUUGGACGAUCCAAACUCAUUCAGACGAACUUAACUGAGCCAAAAGUCGACCUUUGCGUGAUCUUACUGACUCACUAAGUCUGGUUCGUCUCAUGGAACGUUCGACGUUUGGCCCCAGGCCUGAGCUAUUACAUUCAAAAUGGUCCUUGAUAAACAGUAAUCAAAACCAGUAAGUCUCAGAUGGAUAGUUACAGGGUAACUUUUGUGUUUUCAGCCGUUAUAGCGUAUUCUGGAGACGACUUAUCUUAAUGAUAUGCAUGACGUCAUCGGCGUUAAUUUAUGCCACUUAAAAAGUUUAUUAAAUCCACAAAGAAAAGAAAAACAUCCCUAUAAUUAGUAGAACGCCGGCAUUAACAUCUAGAACGAAGGCAGUAACUAGUUUGUGAGUUUGUGUUAACAGAACUUUGCUUCUUAGGUACUGUAGUAUAAAUGGACAGACACGACGUUCUAGAUGUCAACGUUUUCCUUGCCCUAGAUUGUUUCUGAACCCGAUUAAUUCCUGUGUGGCUGCAUAAUUGCGCCUGUUUAACAUAAAACAUUUGAAUUGCCUUCCUUUCAGGUUACAAACUUGUUUCAUGCUACACUCGGUAUAUUCGACGAAUUUAUGUCGUGAAACUACUUUGAAGCAAACACGGUUUCUUUGAGGUUUCCUUUUUUAAUUGUUUACAAAUUAAGCUUAAUUUAUGCUGUAUGAAUCGUUUCUCAUUAACAAUGGAGGCGCUUAUCGUUUUUUUGUAAUAACUAGCUCAGUUUGUGAUUGAGCGUCACCUGCUCUCGGGGAAUAAAUAUAUAUAGUUUUUAAAAGAAACAAUGCCAGCCCAUAUUGCGAGCUAUAAAACAUUUUUAAAAAGUUGACGCGAUCUUUUUGCUUUAUGGUUUUCUUUUUAUUUAAGUGCCUUAAUUCUCGCUCUCCGCGCGGUAGGGAAAAAUGGAAAAGCGCCAGGAAACUAACAGACGAAGAGGUGCUUUACCAAAAAUUAACAAAGAAACACACGCAGGAUUCUCCUUUCGUUGAAAUGCUUCGAUCGAGUACAAAACUGUGUGAACAAUGGCGCCGUUUGCUUUUUCCGUUUCCAAAAUUAACCCAACCCAACAUGCAGUAAGUGAGAACUAUUUUAGAAAAUGUUCAUAAAAAGUAAUGAAAUCAACAGCGUAAAGGCAACGACUGAAGCUUAGAAUAAGAAACAACUUACUUUGUUGUGAAGGACGUUGAUUAGCUUUUGCAAAUUCCUCUCGUUUUGUCGCGGAGAAAGUUAAACAAACCGUCCUGGAUGGAAUAAAUUCGUGGUCACUCUUUUUUUAUCUUUAUUAAUACGUUUACAUUAACUACAAUAAUGACCCACUUUCUCUGUGAUUUUGGCAACUGAUCCGCACCCUUUUUGACCCUAUUCUACUUUAAUUAAUAAACAUGUGAGGGGAUAAGCGUUUAGAUUUAAUUCAGUUUCUUGGGUGGAUUGUUAACAUUUUUUUGGGAACUGGCUUUAUGCCUACCGUACUUAAGAAGACGACUACAUCUCCGGAGGAGAAUAAGAACUUCAGGCCUAUCUGUCUAAUCUACGCGUUGUUUCGAAAAUCACUGAAAAAAAGUUUUGCUACCCAGAUAAUUAAGUACCUUGAUGUUAACUUCCUCUGUGUGGAUUUUCAAUCUGCUUACUGAGAAUUUCAUAGUACAGUGAUGUUCACUUGAUAUUGCUAUUGCUAUUGAUAAUCAGGAAUCAGUCAGUAAUUCUUUUGCUUCUUGAUAUAUCGGCUGCCCUCGAUACUGUAGACGAUGAUAUUCUUCUUUUGCCUCUUUGUAAACGUUUUGCUGUCUCUAGGUUCUGUGUUAAAAUGGUUCCAUUCGAGAAUGACAAUCAUAUCUUUCUGAUCGUACAAAGUUCGAUUUUCAUCAAGGUACAUGGGGCUUCGUCUGAUCAUCAGUAACUCUCCAGUAUGGUGGUGACCUCAAGAAGCGCCUGUUGUUGUGAUGUUCCCAUUAUUGCAUUCGACGUUUGGAGAGCGCAACACCCAAUUUCUGUGAUACUUGGUGAUCCUGUGCGGGUGACAUUUCCGCUAAUAGGCAACUUUCGAUAUAUUAAGAUUCAGCAUGAUGGCGAGUCUUACAGGACACAAACAAAGAAAAUGGUUUAUUCACGUUUACUCAUUUUCUUUGUUUGUGUCCUCUAAGACUCGCUAUCAUGCUGAAUUUUAAUAUAUCGAAAGUGGCCUAUUUAUGUCUGCAUUUUUCGACGUCAUUUUGAAUUACGUCACAUGCGCAUGCGCAUCACCCUUUUGAUCACUUCAACAACUGUUGUCGAAAGCACGGAGUUAUUUGAGUUUGGCGAGGAAAUGAAUAGUUUUCGAAGCAGGUUUUAUCGCUGAGCUGGCGAUUCUAUCCUACCUUUCUCGGUGUUUCUACAUGGCUAGGUCAAAAGGUGUUAUACCAGUCAAAACGAGCUGAAACAGGUAAUAGCUGGUCAUCUGUGCUCUAUUGAGGAAUUUACCCGUGCGUUUGAGUCUAUUUAUGUAUUCGCAGUUUUAUUUCUCACCUGCACCAAGAACAAUCCGGGACAAAGUACGUCUGCAGAUUUUUUACCCGUGUAUUCCUCCUUUUAUACGUGUAAUGCUUUAUCGACGUCUGAUAUAUCUGCUCGGCAUCACUUCGCCUAUAAACAAUAAAACACGAUGAACUGACGUACACGAUCUGAGUAAAGAUGAAUAGUUCGCACAAUGACAUACAGUGGCAAAAGUUGUUGUACCGUGAUGAUGCAUGUCAGGUUCAUUUAUGAUUUUUUUAUCUUCAAGGCGGGGCGGGGUUGGGGGGGGGGUUGCGUUUUUGUCGGGAAAAUCCAAAUCCGGAUUUCCGAAUCCAAAAACGGAUUUUGCGUUUUGGGGGGGCAAAUCCAAAAACGGCUCAUGAAUCCAUUAAAUCCAGACUCAGGGCGGAUUCUUCGGAUCAAAUCCAAAUCAGGAUUUUCGAGGUUCACAAUCUGAGCGUCUUUUUGGGACAGGAUUUGAAAAAAGUAUUUUUGACAAGCGGUUGCUCGAAAAAAGAAAUGGUACGCGACGGAAGCCGUACAUGUAUGACAUUGCAACUGAACCUAUGUUGGUGGCGCCUUAUUUUUAAAUCCCCUUACUUGUCAUUUUUUUUGUACGUAUGUAGUCCCUGCUUACGCCGGUUUAUUUUCCAAGUAAUUAAAAAGACAUUUCAUCGGCUUCACUUUUAAAUAAUUCUUAUAAUUUCACUAUCCUAAGGAGUGUAUUCUAUUAGAGAAACGUUUCUGUUUCAAACCGAAAUAUAUCUACAUUUCGUUUAUUCAUUCGUAGCUUAUGUUGCUUUUUGUUCUUGUCUUUGACGCGAGGAUCAGUUUGCUCUUUUUUUUCUCACGAGGAGCACGAGGACAUGCCGUUGUCAUGGUAAAUGAUCCUUUUUCGGAUCUUCCGUUUGUUCGGUAGUGAACAAUCCAUAUGAUCUGAGAUCACAAAUCGGUUUUUGGAUUCCCCCCAAAAAACGCAUUGGUGACCGCUAGCGUUUCUCAUUUUGUCACCGCCGCUACAAAGUUUUCAUGUUGUUCUUCCAACAAAAAAAAUGUCUCCUUUGUUUUUUAUCUCUGGAUCUCUGUCGCCCUUUUUCUCGUUGAGCUUCGCUGGCCUGCCACGUACUUUCUCUGUUUCUCUGUCCCUCUUUUGCUUUAUAUUCUAAAUUUGUGCACAUGACAAUUAAUCUAAGCUUAUACUUCAGACAACACGGAUACAGAAACAAUUUCCGCUUUCCGUUUUCGUGCUUAUUGACUUUUCAGUUGCCUUUGCUUUACAAGACGCCGGUGGCUAUGCGAUUUCCCUCCAAAAUAACCUCGAGUUGCAUUUGGGUUGCCAUACCUGUUCAUUGAGUUAUUUUACAUUGGUAUGCUUGUGGUGCGGACGGACGGUCGGGCGGGCGUACGGUCACAUGAUUACCAAAUUUUCUCGGGUAGAUUACUUUAUUUUCUUACCCAUGGUGCUCCGCUGCGCGCGCUUCGCGCCCGAGAGCUCCGCUACUAAUAGGCUUCAAUAAUGCAUGCGCUUUAUAAUUAUUAUGAGGUACAUGUAUAUCUGAAUUGUUGUUUGACAAUGAGUAAUUUUGGUAUGUCGUAUGUUUGUUCAAAUUAUUAAUAAUAAUGAUAAUAAGAUGUACCAGUCAAGAGUAUAUCACCAACUGAUGGCAAUAUUCAUUCAAUCAGAUCAAUUGAAAUAAACGGUUCUUACAUGAAUACAAGUUUAAGAAGCUCGUAUCAUCAAAUCACAGAGCUGUGAUAGGUGUUGAUAUAACUUGAACGUACUAGAACUGUGAUCUGUGAAUUGUAAGCCGAAGGAGAGAAAUCAAUUACUCGAUUACUCUGCAGCAGCUACAAUUACCAGGCUGAGAUGGAAAUGCUAGAAGCAAACAAGCCAGAGAAAAAAGACGGAUAACAAGAUGAACAGCGCCCCCAAAAAAAAAAAAAAAAAAAAAUAAACAAUUCAGUGCCAGCAGUUGCUUUGCGCUCUGCCCCUUUAUUCGAGCUAAAUGUAGCAAGUCAGUGACAACUAAAGAGACCUGGCUAUUGUUAGUAUGAUUUGAAAGCUUCUAAUACACAUUAAACUUUGUAGGAUAUCGUCUCAGCAGAAGGAUAGGAGAAGUCGAGCAGUUUGAAUUUGAACCACUUGGAAAUGGCGAGCAGUUACAUCUUGUUGUCGCUAUUUCGGGUUGGCUAAAAGACGAUGAGCAAGGUUUGUGUAAAACAGUAUUGACCCGUAAAAACAUUACUAGAAGGUAUAGAUUAUAUAGCAAUACAAUAGUUGACGCGGACGGACAAACUUGGAGUAGAUCAGUUAUAGGUAAAACGGUUUGCAAUCGUGGUUUUUAGAAACUGGUUAGCCACCAGUUUUUCAAAGUUGAUUUUCAGGGAUGAUUAUUUAGUGUAUCUACAUAUUAUUUCAGUGUUGUUCGGUGUACGUUUUGCCCAGUUUUCAUUUUGUAAAAACUGUUUUUCAUCGUUAUUUAAGUUUUUUUUUAAUAUUUAAUUAUUUUACCAUGAAUACAGCACCAGUAUGUGCAGUAAAGUAUUUUCUAUUCAUUUCACACUAUGCAUGGAAUCCUUUUCCUCUCUCAUGUUCGUAGACAUAAAGACUGCAUUUCAGGAUCCGUGGAGACAUUUAAACAUUUCGUUAGAACAGUACAGCUUGAUUUGGGAGUCAAGGUAAUUUAUGGCUUGUGCUAGAGCAGCUUUGAAUUCAGUGCCCUAUUUUUUCCUUUUUAUUCUCGUUCAUGAGUAAUAAAACCUAUCAAUUUACUUUUUUUUGAACAAAGUUAGUCGUACUUUCUGGAUGGUAAAUGACUGUUUUAUUAUUAUUAUUUUUAUUUUUUUUAAUCAAAACUGACUUGCACUCAAGUUGUACGAAAUGUAAUAUAGUUCUACUUCGUAUAAAAUGCAGACAAGUUUUACCUGAGUGUGUAUCCGGCAGAAAGUGAUACGCUUCAUAGUAUAUAGACCUGCAUGGUCUUAUCGCUUGGUCGUUGGUGUAUUCUGAUCUAGAUCUCAUCAUUAGUGUCGCAUUCUCAGCAUCUAAAUAAGUUAGUAUUUGCAACGUGUUAUCCUUUACUGAUCCAGAUUAACGCCUAUUGAUUUACGCACAAUAAUGACAUAGUUCAAUCAACACGAAAUUCAGUUUCCAAAGUAAGUGAAAUAAUGCGACAAGAACACAAGUAAACUAACACGAAAUGCGACAAUGACAAUAAAGAAUUUAAAACCCUGAUGGCGGUAUAGUUCUUCCUAAUUGCAUCUGACUGUUUGCUAUAAAAACAAAAAGCAACAUCUUUGAAUCAAUAAUGGUAAAAUUAAUGAAGCAAAGCCAAAAAAGGGUAAAGAUAAUGAUGAAAGAUAUUGUCCAGUUGACAGUUAAAAGGUUUGAUAUUGUCUAACAAAGAAGAUGCUCUGAAAUAUUUAAAAUUAUGUCUGUAAAAAACGUAAUGAUGCUUGUUGAAGAGAUUGAGCUAGUCUCGACGGGGUAAAAGAUUAGAGAUGAACACUAACACAUAAAUGUUUUUAUCAGUGUGAAAAUUAAAGCUUUUGAAAAUCCCUUUGAUCAAUGGAACUCGUAAGUGUUGGUUAACGUUUUGAAAUGUGCGACCGGGUCUUUUCCAAACGCGUCGCCUCAACCGAUUGAUAGAUAAUGAGUUAAUAAAUUAAAGCAUUUCUGAUUUCAAGUUAAAAAGACUUCCCUUGCCGCCGUAACACCUGCUACAGCUCAAUCCAUUAGCACUAAGACCGAUUAAAAUACUAGAGUAAGUGCAUGCUGUCCAAAGUUUAUAUUUUGUAAUAUCCCGCAGUGGGUAGCUGCUUACGUAAGUUUGAGGAACUUCUGUAUAGAUAUUAGGGACUUUAAGAUCCAACGACGCGACGACAACGAGAGCGUCGCUUAAAAAGUAAAUUUACGUUCUUUCAGUCUUUAUAGCGAUUAUUCCUACCCACUUACUUUGUCAAAUGUGGGCGAACCCUCCUGAAGCUGAAUUUCAAGUGACCAUAUCCAAGCUCAGAAAGAGAUAUAAAAUUUCGUCGUUGGUUGUUUACGUCCUCCUUAAAACGCGAAAUAAGGCGUUUCCACGUCGUUGUCGUGUAAAAACGAGAAAGAAAUGUACAAAAAAAGUGUGAUGCACGUGCGAAGUUGUUGUUUUGCUUAUUAAACCUAUUGUUUUUUUUACCUUCUCGUUGCCGUCCGCGUCGUUGGAUCUUAAAGUCCCUAUUGUUUUUCUACAGGUACUUGGCUGAAAUGGGAAAUGCGAUGUAUUCAUUCUUUACUUCCAAUUCCAUCAGCUUUGUUACACAAGAGGCUCUCAAAUACACCGUCCUUAAUGGUAUGAAGAGAUAUUGGUGUUUCUCUUUGUCGAUGACAAUAAAAUAAAUCAAAAUCGUUGUCGAAGAUUAAGAUGUGAAUGAUUGCCCAAUAAUUCUACUAUAUACUACAAUACAGGUAGUGUUACAAGAGCUGCUCAGUCAUAUAUGCGGACGAUUGAUGAUAGCAAAUUAAGUGACUCCUGUGAUCAGGUGCUCAAACCUUAACCAUCCAGUCAGCUGAGAUCAUGUUUUGAACCAAUGGCAAAACCCGCACAUAACCACUAUACAUCUUCAACUUUAGGUUUUGAGAGCAAACAUCUUUUCUUGGCGAGUAAAACAAAUAAAGCCGGCAGAAGCUCUGCUCUUGCCGCGGGUAAACUAUCUAUUCACCACCAGGAGUAACAAAUUUGGUGACUAAAAAAUUAAUCGUCAGUUACUGCUACAACAACAUUUACAAACGAUCCUCGCCGACCCGUGUAUCGGAAACAACAUUGUCAAUAGUCAUUUUUUAAAGUCACGGACAACAGAGUCUUAGACGGAUGGUAUUUUUAUUUUUGUUCUUUGUAAGGUCUGAUUACAGCUGUUACGUGGCCAUUACUUCUCCUUCAAUUGGGAUAUGCUAUUGACAAUCCAUGGAAUGUUUGCUCACGAAGAGCUGCUGAAACAGGAAAACUCCUGGCUGAUGUCCUUAUCUCCAGACAGCAGGUCGGUUAUUAAAAUAUCUUAAUACUGUAGACUCACUGCUGAGCCUUUAUUUCAAACCUCACGCUAUAUCGAACAUGUCUUUGUAUUUUCUUACGUUUAAAAUAGGGCAGGAGACCUGUGACGCUGGUUGGAUUUAGUUUGGGUGCAAGAGUGAUUUUCUUUUGUCUUGAAGCUUUGGCCAAGAAAGGUAAACCCUACUGUCUACAUCCACAAAAGAUAGCUGUUAUAUUUUACACCUUUAUCUUUUACAGUAUUAAGGAAUAGUGGAGGGCGGGCAGUGGUGGAAUUUUUGACGCGACGGAGAUAGUUUAAGUUUGAGUUUAUUGACAGUAAAUAAACUAAAAAAGCUGACAGAUUGCGGGUAGUAGCAGGGGUAAAGUUAAUUCCCUUUCUAAGGCUACUCUCCUUUCGUGAAUAAAAAAACCUUAAUAUUGUACUAAAAAAGCCUAAAAUAUGUUAUAGGUAUAAUAAAAUGAGAUUUUUUACAAGGUAGCAGUUUAUGUCAGAGAGGCCGUGCUUGGAGCACUGGUCACACCAUAGGGUUGUUUCUAACCUGCCAGCAAGCUCAGCAUUUCGAAUGGCGAGUGAAACGAGCCGCGCGGGAAUACGCGAGCGUCUUCUCUCGCGUGGCGCUCGUGCGUGAUUUCUCACUGCAUCCCCCAAAUGGAGAGCUCGCUCGCAGACUACUUUGCUUCCCAAGAAAAGUCUGCUGUGACACGCGAUAUGAGUAUGAGGGUAUGGGAUACUGCGAUAGACUAGCAUCUCAGACUCCUAGGUACUUCAUGCUACAGAAACCAGUAUAAGCUGCAGUUAUGUGAGACUCUUUGGCUCAUGUUACACUUUUACCUCUACAUUAUGAUUAACCAUGUAUCAUCCAAGUGUCGUAUGACAGCCUCGUUCCUUUUCCGCUUGGUAUGUUGUAUGAUUUUGUUUGUAUCCCUAUUGUUGUAGGAGCCCUGGGGAUUGUUGAAGACGCCAUUCUUUUGGGAGCGCCAGUCAGCGCUGAUGAGAAAAAGUGGCGAUUUGUUGGUCAAGUUGUUGCAGGAAAACUUAUCAACGGUUACUGCAGGUUUGUGCCUGAUUGGCUGUAAUUUGGUAUCCGUCUUGUGCAUUCUCAUUUUGUGAUUUUAUUACUCUUUCUUUUUUUUUUUUUUUUUUUUUAGCAAAGACUGGUUUUUGAGAUACGUUUAUCGUGCUGCUUCUGCGCAAUUAUCAAUAGCUGGAUUACAAGCAAUCAAGUGGAAAAAUCGAAGAAUGAUUAAUGCUGAUCUCUCUGAGCUGGUACGUCCCAGAUUUACAUGGGCCUUUUUACGAUGGAACUGUUGACUUCUUUAGUAUCUGAAAACAAUGAUAUCUGUCAACAAGUUAGGCUCGGAUAACCUGUAAGGGACGGACCAUUAGAAAAGUCAUGGGGGGGGAGGGGAAUUUUCGAGCCGCAGGAAUUGUUUUUCGCUAUCAAAUUCCUUGUAUGAAUUUUUUUUUAGGCCAUAGCAUGAAUAUUUUUUAGGGUUAAUUGGCGUGCAAGAAUUUUUUUCAUUUAAUUUUCCCUUGCGCGAAUUUUUUUUUUUUGCACUUCGCCCCCCAUAAAUUUUCUAAUGGUCCGUCCCUAAACAGCUAGCAGUACGCCUUCAGAGCCAUCUCUUUACUAAUUCAUGCUCUCCGGGACUGUCUGACUUAUUUCAGACAAUCAAUCACACAGGUCUGAGAUGAUCUUUUUCUGCUAAAAGAAUAUGUCUAUAGGAGAGACGUUCUGCGAAGGCCUAUAACCGGUCGCAAGAAAUUUUAAUUCAGUGUGGCUCGAUGUGGCGAUCUGAGCCUUCCUUGUUGUGUCUUGUCGUGUAACCCUUGUUUAACCACAGCCUUAGUAGUUAGAUUUGGUUCACUGAAACUUAGCCAUCAUUAUGAGGAUCUCUGUAAUCAUUUACGGCAAGAAAUGCAAGGCAUUUUGAUAACGUCAUAGGUUGUGUAAUUUCAAAACUAUCAUUAAGCACGCUGAUAUCAUAUGGCUUGCUUGUCGUCCACGCAAAAUGUCUCACUGGUAUUGUUGGUGCUUCAUAUGUCGAGAGUUCUUUUGCUCAAGUUUUAGCCUCCCCUGAUGUAGAUGGUUUACCUUGUAAUAUUUGCUAAUGUGUAUUUGACUUUUUGUGAUUUUAGAUUGACGGUCACUUGGAGUAUUCAAACCCCGACAAAAUUAAAACUGUACUUCAAAUACUUGGAAUUGAUACCAAGUGUUGCGAAGCCGGCGCAACAGAAGCUGAAAUAGACUCUGAAAAUAUCUGCACUGUCAAUCAAACGAUGCCAUCUCAUGACGAGGCUAAGAAAGUUGUCAUGGAAAUACUGGAAGAGAGAAUUAAAGUUGCGCUUGAAGUGUGCACAAUGACUCAUCAGUCCUCUGAAACAGAACAACAGGACCUGCACGGACACGUGAUAGUCACAUCUUCUGAUCACUCCCAGCUGUAAAAGAUAGCAGUCUAAUAUGACAAGUAAAUGGACCCUUUGCAGAUUAAUAGUCACGUGGGACAAAACUCGCUUUACUGUAGAGCAUGAGACUAGACGCAGCCAAACUUCGUGUCUUUCAAGAUCCGACUGUGUCGUUUGCUCUCCUCCGAGCAGCGAGGUUUUGUUGUACCAUGUGACUGUUAAGCUGCAAAGUGCCCAUUCCGCCAGUCUACGUCGAGAAGUGUAGUGGUUGCCAACCUUCUGCCAACUGAAUAUGAAUAAUAUUUCACUUUUGAUAUGGACAGACUUUUUUUCACAAAUACGCGCAUCUUCGGUUCGGGACAAUGAACUGGAAUACCGUUAAUAUUACGUGCUAAAUGAUUAUAUUAUGCUUACCAGUCACCGUACUAUAUUACAAUACACCAUUUCCGAGUUACCUCAAGCCUCUGUUUCAAAGCGAGGCUAAGUGCAAAGCCAUUGAAGGCAAAUACAACUUAUUUUUAAAAGAAAAGUUUUGAUCUUAGCCUCGUUAGAUUUGAAAGUGAGUUUUUUGAACUUAGAAAUGGUCUAUUUAAUGACAACACAAACACACUAGGGUGUUUUCAUUUGGGGAGAUUAAAAGGAUCAGGAUCUAUCGGAUCAUGGUGCAUAACAGAGCAUAAAAGGAACCGCUAUCUGGACAAGGAUUCAUCAGUACUCCUUAGUGACCUUGGAUCAUAAAUCCUGUUGCGGAUCAUCCAAAAAGAACGUACCCCAUAAGGACAUAAGGACAUUUUAUAAAUUAGUUAGCAAAUUACCUGCUCACUUGAUAAUGUGAAA